AUGGUCUUCUACGCAACCUGGUUCAGCCUGACAAGCCAAAGGACAAAACUGGUUGUGACCAUUCUACGAGACUACUAUGAACCAAAACCUUUGGUCAUCGCCGAGCGAUUUAGGUACCGUAAAUGUGUCCAGAAGAGCGGCCAGACAGCGACGGAAUAUGCUGCUGAGCUGCGCCAACUCGCUGCGAAGUGUGAUUUCGGGGACAGGCUGGAUGAAGCUCUACGUGACGGAUUUGUCAGCGGGGUCAGUUCUGAAGCAUGCCAGCGCAAAUUGCUCUCAGAGGAUAGGCUGACGUUUGCGAGAGCUGUGGAGCUUGCGGUUAACAUGGAGACAGCCCACCGAGAUGCCCAGCAGUUGCGGACAGGUGAUGACGUCACCGCUGUUCACAAGUGCAAGUGGUGCUGGCCGGCGGCCAUACAGGGCAACUUUUGA